AUGACAAAGGAAGCUGCAAGACGUAAAUUCAAAACCGAAGACGGUCAUGUCUAUGUCAAAGUUGGUGAACUUACUGACUCUGACAAGACAGCCAUUCAAACAGUUACUCAAUCAAUCAAACCAGAUCAUCCCGAAGAGAAACUCACACUAACCACUGCUCGUGUCGUGAUGGAUGAAGCCACUGGCGAACGAAUCAUCUUGGUCAAUGGUUUCAAGACCAAACCAAAGGAUCGUUCCAAGAGAAUUCUCAAAAAUCCAACAGCUGUUGCCGAGGAAAACAUUGUUCAUGGUACUCGUCGUCGAAAGCAUGUGAAUUAUAAGGAAUGUACCGAGAAGAGGAAGGAGAGCAUUUCUCAUAAUACAUAUGAAGAGAGACAACGAAAGACUUCUAAAAAGAAGGCAACCUCAAAGAAGACCAGUAAAAAGCGUACCACUUCUCGUGAUGAGGAUGAGGAGGAUGAGAUGGAAAUGAUGCAUGAUGAUAAGGAAAAUGUGGAUCAACAACAACAACAACCAUUGGAAGAAGAAACGGAAGCUCAACCCAUUCCAAAGAAGGAAAAGCGUCCCACUAAGAAAUCUAAGAAGGCUCAACAAGCAGCUCAACAACAAAUUCAAUCAGAACAACCAACCCAAGAUGCAGCUGCAUGGCCACAUCCAUUAAGUCCUAAAGUAUGCGAGUUGAUUGAAAAGUUGGGCGGAGAACUCCCUCUCUCCAUUAAGAAACGUCGUUAUCGGGACAUGGUGUUGAGCGAUGCCAUCAGCUUGUUUGGUUCCAUCCAAUGGAAACGAGGCUCUUCACUCUACGUUGCCGAUAAAUCCAAAGUGAACGAUGAAGAAAUUUGUAUGGAACAUCAACUAUUCCUCAUGGAUCCCGAUCAAUACGAACACAUUGAAUGGUUCCGUGGUAAGGAUGAUUUUAUUUUUUUGGGCGAUAGCGACUCUGCAUUGUGCGUGUGCCGUUUAUCGGAAUCGAGUGAUGAUUUUCCAAUUUAUUUAGUGAUGGAAGCAUGUGAGGAUUUGCCAGAGGUGGUGCUCAAGUUUUCCUUGUCGGAAUAUUUGGGAAUGCUUUGCGUGAAGGAGGAACAGGAAGAUUCCAUGCAAUUGUGA